AAAGUUUUUAACACUGUUUUCCCAUCCGCAUCGUAAUUACGGAGCGAGGCUCGCUCGAAUUGGGCGACUGCGUGAUUGUAGAGCGCCAAGGGUACAAGAAAUCGCGAAAAAAGGAAGGAUUUUUACGGUGGUGGGACUGGGAACGCAGCAAUUGCAGUCCGAGAAGAGGAGGAUAAAGGGAGAAAUUGGAGAGGCGGAUUCGAGCAGAGGGAAAAAAAAACUUGCAGAAAAGGCGGCGAUUUCAAACCAGUCGGGUGGAAAGAUGGUGUUGCAGACGAUUACGAAAGGUAUGGAAGGGGAAGGGGUAAAGAACAACAGCAAAAGCUUCCGCGUUCGUCUCCUUUGAAAUGGAUGGCGUAUCUUGUGGAUGAGGCGGGACGAAGUAGGGAUUUCUUGUUCGUCCGGCUUCUGCUGUUCCGGCUCUCAAAAUUUUUUCCUUUUUUUGACGUUGGAGUGAAGACGGGAGGAGGAGUUGGAUCUGGCUUCUUGCAGUAGAUGAGGGGUUUCCCCUUUCGUGUCCAGGGGAAGAGUGGUUUUGAAGCAGCGGCGACGACGUCUGAGGGAAAUCAGGUUCUUUUCUGGUUGGAUAAGCGAUCGGAGUUUGCGAUCCAAGACGUGGUGGAGCCAAGAUCGGUGCUCGGUUACCGUAGCCCUAGUCCCCCCACCUCCACGGUCACACUGUCUUCCUCCCUGGUCAGCGACUGUUCCUUCGACACCGCCGGAGUGGCGGCGGCCUCCGGCAACGCCGCCGCCGAAGGGGGCGGGGGAAGCGCGGCGGGGAAGGAGGAAUGGUCGGGCGAAUUGGAGCCGACUCCGCCGGGGCUAGGCAUGGGCUUUGUAGCCGGAGGUGAAAAGUGCAGUCUUGGAAUCGACGACUGGCAGGCGAUGCUGUCGGAGGCUUCCACGGCCUACCCCAUCCGGGAGCAAGCCUUUCUCCGAUGGGUAAUGAGCGAUGUCGGUGGCCCCUCCGUUGCUGGGAUUAAGCAGCAGCUCCUCUGCCAUGAGCUGGCGGAUUUUGACGGAGUUAGUGCUGGAUUAGGGUUCGGUGAUCUCUACCCUGCCUUUGGGCUCGAGUCGAUUGGAAGGAGCAGGAACGAGCUCUCCGCCUCGGCUUCCGUCGUCGGUCCUUCUGCUUUAGCCUCUAGCAUCACUUCCGGCGGUGCUUGGAGCAGUAACAGCUGGGCGUCUCCUCCCUUAGAAAGCACCGACAAAAAAAGCGCCACCGUUGGCACCGGCGCUCAGUUCUUCCCUAUGGCGGCUGCCAGCAACUCCCUCUCUGUGCCGCUCUCUCUAUUGCCAGAUCUCUGUCAGGAGGACGCCAACCGGCGGGCAUCAACCAACCUGAGUUCGUCGCCUUUCUUCCUCGAUGCCGGACAAAGGGAGUGCCAGCAGCUACCGCAGCUCUUCUUCUCCAUCCAGCCCAAACGCCACCAACCGCUGCUUCAACAGCAGCAGCCGCCGCAGCAGAUACAGAAGGAAACCCCUAGCUUUCCUCUUCCUCAUCUCCGGCAAAUGUUCGUGAAGCCGCCGGCGCCGCCAACCGGCCAGCAGCAGCAACAACAGUCCUUAGCCAACCUACUGUUUGAGGCUGCCAAGAUGGUGGAAGCCGGCAAUUCAGUCGGCGCGCAGGGGAUAUUGACGCGGCUCAAUCACCAGCUUCCCUCUCCCUCAGGGAAACCUCUCAAUCGUUGUGCUUUUUACUUCAAGGAGGCAUUGCAGCUGAUCCUCUCUAAUGGACUUAAUUCUGCUCUUCCUUUGACUUCUCCUCCGGCCACUCAAUGGGACAUUGUGCACAAGCUCAGUGCUUACAAGGCAUUUUCCGAGGUCUCCCCCUCGAUCCAAUUUUCCAACUUCACCUGCAUCCAGGCCCUCCUCGAGGAGCUUAAUGGUUCCGAUCGGAUUCAUAUCGUCGACUUUGAUAUUGGAUACGGCGGGCAAUGGUCUUCGUUCAUGCAGGAACUGGCCCAAAGGCAUUCCUCCGCCACAAGUCCGGUGCGGCUGCUCAAAAUCACAGUCUUCUUGUCACUCUCCUCCUGUAACCACUUGGAGCUCUGCCUUGUCCAGGACAACCUCACUAAUUUAGCAAGUGACCUUAAGAUUCCGUUCGAGUUUAACGUCUAUAGCCUCGAUUCAUUCGAUCCCUUGCAGCUACUUGGGAUCAGUGGUGAAGCUGUCGCUGUGAACCUCCCUGUAGGCUCUGGCAACCUCUCCUUCAUGACUCUUCUUCAUCUGAUUAAACAGCUCUCCCCGAAGAUUGUUGUUUCAAUCGACCAGGGGUGUGAGAGGAUGGACCUGUCAUUCUUUCAGCAUUUUGUCCAUGCUUUUCAAUCUUUCAUGGCGCUUAUCGAAUCCAUUGACGCAUCUGGAACCGACCAAGAUGUGGUUAGCAACAUUGAGAAGUUCCAUCUACAGCCAAGGAUAGAGAAUUGUGUUCUUGGACGGCACCGAAUUGCCAACAAAAUUCUCCCUUGGCAAACAUACUUUACUGCCACAGGUUUUGUACCCAUACAAUUCAGCGAGUUUACGAAGACACAGGCCGAAUGCCUUCUGAAGAGGGUACCUGUUAGAGGAUUUCAUGUCGACAAGCGCCAAGCUUCAAUUUUACUAUACUGGCAGCAGAAGGAGCUCGUGUCUGUGUCAGCUUGGAGGUGCUGAAGAACUACCAGACUACAGGCAUGUUAUCCUUGUACCUUAUUCUGGGCACAGAAUCAUGCUCUCAUUCUUUGUGGAGCUUUUGCUUCCUGCACAAUACGACCUGUUAGAUCCAAGCAGUCGAGAGACAGUCGAUCAAAUGGCAGUGGCUGCCUGGUGACCUGCCACAAUGAUUCAGUGAAUGCAGCUGCAGCACCUGACAGAUCCAUGAAACUAUUCAUUGCUCACUAGAUUAGAUUAGGAUUAUAGCUUAAUACUGUCCUUGCUCAUCCAUCACUUGGUCAACUAGCAACUGAGUUAAAAGAUUGGAGCCAUCCAUGUCCAAGAAAUGGCGCUAGUGACAGUGACAGUACAAUGAUGAUGUGCCUGAUUGAUGAGUCACUUUCAUUCAAGACAAAAGCACAAGGCAUUCUGUGCUCAUGCAUGCAGUUGGUACUGACUCUUGAUUGAGAGAGAGAGAGUGUGUCUGAGGGAUCAAUCAAACAAUGAACAGUCCCCUGUAGUGUUUGGAUCACAGCCUGGAUUGUGGGCAAGACAUUGUAAUUUGUAUCUGGGUUGUAAAGUUCAAAACAAAGUGAGGUGGGAUUUGAGUGAGCCAUGGUCCAUGUCCCUACUCAAGACUGUUAUGUAAUGUCGUUUUUUUUUAAAAAAUAUAUGUAUAUAAUCUCAGUGUCUUGACACGGUAAAAA